UAUAAUACAUUAUUACAGACAUUAAUUAUGUUCUGUUGUCCUGUGUAUAAUAAGUGCGCCCUGUGGGUAGCCCACGAGCUUAGCUCAGUCACGUGACCAUGUUGUGCUUCCCAGGAACUGUAUCAGCGAGUAGAUGACGUGGAAGACGCGCAAGAUCAUUUUUUUAAACCCCACGUUAUUUGAAUAUGGUCUUCUUUACUCGUUAGGUUAGUUGUGUUCAGUUUCUGAAGUUAUGACUGCUUAGCUAUAACUGUCAUAUUUCCUGUUGUGAACGAGCUGCUGUUAUUAAAGGUCGGCUGAGAGGCUGAGAGGACUGACUGCUCCGCUUGUCAGUCACUGCUUAACCCUGAUCUGCCCUGAUCUCACACCAUGGCUGAUGAACUGAAGUUUCAAGAGUUCGACGAGGCUACAGAUCUCCUGUUUGCUGACCCGGGCGCCUCCACAAUCAGCAUCUCCACUGCUGGCACUGCUGGUGCAGCUGCCUCUUCCUCAGAUAUCAGACUGAACCUGUCAGAUGAUGAGGAGAACCAGCAGGAGAGCUCUGGGUUACUCGGAGGUGAGAAGCAAACCAGUGGCUUCUGGACAUUUGAAUACUAUCAGUCUUUUUUCAACGUGGAUACCGUGCAGGUGUUGGACAGGAUCAAAGGAUCACUUAUACCUUUACCAGGACGAAAUUUCGUCAAACAUCACAUUCGCAGUAACCCAGAUUUAUAUGGGCCAUUUUGGAUAUGUGUGUCUCUGGUCUUUUCUGUGGCCAUUAGUGGGAACCUCUCUACCUUUCUGAGUCAGAUGGGUGACCCUCACUAUCACUAUAGACCACAGUUCCACAGAGUGACGAUUGCAGCACUUGCUGUGUUCCUGUAUGCAUGGCUCGUACCGCUGGGUGUGUGGGGCUUCAUGACUUGGCGACAGAGCGCUGCACGACAGAUGAGUGCUUACUCUUUUCUGGAGACAGUGUGUGUCUAUGGCUACUCUCUCUUCAUUUAUAUUCCUACUUCGAUAUUAUGGAUCAUUCCAUUCGGAUGGCUGCAGUGGCUCUUGAUUCUGAUUGCCAUGUCAGUCUCUGGCGCUGUGUUGGUCAUCACCUUUUGGCCAGCGGUUCGUGACGACACCAAAACGACAGCUUUCUCCAUUAUGACGGCCAUUGUGCUGCUCCAUGCACUGCUGGCCAUCGGCUGCAAGUUGUACUUCUUCCAAACAGCAGUGCAACCAUCAUCACCCAUGUCUCCACCGACUCCCUCUGGCUCAAAUCACACAGCACUGACCAAUCUGAGCAAACCAAACUAACUCACCAAAAGAGCUCGGGUUAGGGAAAAAAAAAAAAAAAAAGUGUUGCUAUAAACUCCCCCUUUUUGUUAUUGCACUACGGAUUUAACAGCUAAUAAGCAAUAUGGAGAUGGAUAGAACUUCAGCUGCCAUGGACUUUAAUUUGUCUUUGGGUAACUGGAAGGUAAAUCUUUACUCAGAUUAUAAUGUAUUAUGCAUAUAGAGGUGGGAGAUUUGUACAUCUCUAUACUUGGGUCAUGAAGUUGGGAUACUGAUGCUCAUCACGAUAUGCCCUGUUACUAUAAAUACAGUAUGAAUUCAUGUUGUGAAUUUGCUGUUCUUUGUGAAGUGUAUGGAAAUUGUUUGUUCCAUCAGCCUCACUUUGUUAGGACAAAAAAAAUCUAGGUUUGUGUUAAAAACAAAAAUGUAAUUUUGGGUGAAGGCUCAAAUAUCAAUGAACUGUAAGUGAAAUGUAUUACAUCUUGAUAACUCCUGAGCUAAACACUCCUUCAACCCAACCAGGAUACAGUCUCUGACAUCUAUAAUGCGUUGAAAUCAAAAAUGUGAUGCAAAGUAAUUAACUACACUUGGGUAGCUGUGAUUACACUGGUGUGUGGGUCAGUCUUUUUUCCAAUUAGAAAACAUUGCAAGGAGAAAAAAAAAAAGAAAAAAAAAAAAGAUCUUUUUUGGGGCUGUUUGCAAAUGUUCUGCUCAGGUUCCUUGCUAAUUUUUAAGGCUCAUUAACCUUAUCAUUACAAGGUAAUCAAUGACAUGAAAAGCAUCAGGGAGGCUGCAUUAGUGCAGAAAAUAAGGGAAUCUGAAGGACAGAUUUGGAACCCUAGUAUUUUUGGGGGUUACUUUUUUUUUCUAAACAAUUUCACACUUGUCCAGAUCUAGGAACAAGUGCCUUUAAAGUUCAUACUGUUUUUUUUUUUGUUUUGUUUUUUUAUUUUAAGAACUGCUUUGGCACAAAUAAAGUCUCUACCACCUGA